CAUAACAUCCAUGAAACGUCAAAUAGUUUCGUUGCAGAACUACUGUGAAACUUCAGAAAGUCAGAAUUGUAAUCGCUAAAUCGGCGAUUACAAAUUGAAGAAAAUAUAACCUGUAUGAACUCAAAACUUCGUCCGGAAGCUCCUAUUUAUCUGCCACCAACUCGGGAGACGGCCAUAUUUACAAGAAGUUGCGAUACAUCGCCUUCAUCAUUGAAACAAAAAGAACCACAAUGUUCGAGGUAUUCUAGAAGGUCGGUAAGACACACCUAUAGUAAUCCCAAUAGUCCAAGACCAAUAUUAGGAACCAAAAUGUCCCACUUACGUGCAAUAUUAGGUAGGAAGGAAGAAAAUGUGCCGACCAUGGAAAAUGAACAAAAUGAUGAGGUGCCAGCGGCCACUCAAGCAGAAAAUGAGAUGAAUAUUUCGGUCGAUUAAAAAAAAUAAUUAAUGUACAUAGAAAAGUUCAAAUAUUUUAGAUUUUAAAUUAUGUUGUAAUGCAUUAAAGUGAACAUUCGUUUCUA